CAGGCGGAGGGAGGGCUGGAUCCUGCUCUCCGCUGCCCUCGGGGCGCCGUGCCGGGGCUCCCACACCGCCCAGCAGCUCGGCAUGAGCCCGGCAAUACGGAAGGUGGGAGCUUUGGGCCAUUUCGUCCGCGUGGAAUGGGAGGAUGGAAGCGAGAGCCGCUACCCCUGCGUGUGGCUGAGGGACAAUUGCCAGUGUCCCCUGUGCUUCCUGCGCUCCGCCGGGGCGCGCAGGAUGCCCCUGGAGGACCUGGACGUGAACAUCGCCGCCAGGGAGGUUGCUCUGGCUGAUGGGAAAAAGAUCUCCAUCACGUGGUCCGAUGAACACGCGAGCGAAUAUGAAGCUGAGUGGCUGAAAAAACGAUGCUUCUCCGAAGAAGCCAGAGCAGAAAUGCAAGCAGAUUUAUUUUUACCAGAACGCCAAUACUGGGGCUCAGACCUUCAGCUUCCCAAAAUACCUUUCGAAGAAAUCAUGCACAGUGAUGAAAGUGCAUACAAGUGGCUGUGCACCCUAAAGAAAGUAGGAAUCGUUCUGCUGACAGGAGCUGCCCCAAGGCAGGGAGAACUGAUUAAACUUGGCCACAGGAUUGGGUUCCUGCGCCUCACUUUUUACGGACCAACAUGGCAAGUGCAAGACAAAGCAGAUGCCAACAACGUGGCUUAUACAACUGGGAAACUGAGUUUUCACACCGAUUACCCCGUUCUGCAGCAUCCACCUGGGGUUCAGUUUCUCCAUUGUAUAAAGCAAACGGCUGCAGGAGGUGAAAGUGAGGUUGUAGAUGGAUUCCACGUAUGCAACAAGAUGAAGAAACAAAAUCCUGAGGCGUAUCAGAUCCUGUCCUCUACUGCUGUAAACUACACUGAUGUUGGGGUGGACUACUGUGAUUUUGCUGUGCACGGCAAACAAAGGAUUAUAGACAUAGAUUCCAGAGGCCAAGCAGUUCGCAUCAAUUAUAAUAAUGCGACAAGAGACACCGUGUUUGACAUACCAGCUGAAAAAGUGAGGCCAUUUUAUGCAGCUCUAAAGGAAUUUAAUGAUUUAUUAAACAGUGCAGAACACAAGUUUACUUACAAGCUGGAACCAGGAGACAUAGUGACGUUUGACAACUGGCGUGUGCUCCACGGGCGCCGCAGCUACCCCUCGGGCCCGGAGGUGACCCGGCACCUGGAAGGGGCCUACGCGGACUGGGAUGUGGUCCUGUCCAGGCUCCGGAUCCUCAGGAAGGGGGUCCUGAACAGGGACUGAGCUUUCUUCUGACUGGAAGGAACUGUAGAUUGUCUAACCUCAGUGACAACAACAUCGAAAUCAAACCAUAUUUUUGAGUUCUAUAAGCUAAGAAAUGUGCUGUUCAUAACGAUUUAAGAUUUACCCGUGCCCUGGUCUGUGACUCUAUAAAUGUAUUGCUACCUCUGUCAGCUUAUUUGCCUUUUUAAAAUCAGUGUGCAAAGUGGCUUGAAAGAUUGUCACUUUACUGGGCUGACUGGGUGUCACAAUGCCCUCCUUUGCCUCUACACACAGACCUGCCCUCCCUAGAAAGUACGAGAAAAGAGCUUAAAGCAUUAUUUACUAAAGUUUUGUUAUAAACAGCACCUUCCUCUGAAAAUGCCUCAUUUUCAGGGAGGGAUUCUUUAUUGCAUAAAUCAUAACUAAAAUUCACCAUCGAAAUAAACAACCAGUGCUGUGGGUUUUAAAUACACACCUUUCAAGGUAGGGCUGCACUAUAACACAUGAUCUCACUGAACAGAUGUCAUAUUCUCUGUAUCCUGCUCUACAUGUCAUGACUAUCACAGCCACAAAUAUUUUUUUCUUACAUUUCCAAGUCCAUAAGCUCAGAAAUGAUAGACUUACCAGAGAAUGCAUCAUGUUAAUGUUUCUCUGUAUUAGGAUGAUAAAUGAAUCUCAGUGUAGAGGUCACAGGUAGGGUCAGAAAUCCCAUCAGAUGCUGUGCACAGACCUAAGAUCUCGGUGACUAGAAAGCACAAAGCACAAGAGGUAAUUACAGAUUUUGCACGUGACAGAGAGAGGCAACUGAACCCAAAUCCAUUUUUAUUACUCCAAAUAAAAGAGAACACCUCCAAAAGGUAUACAGGAUUUUUUCCUCUGCUCUGGAUUCUGAUUAGAGAUUAUGUUAUGUAUAACUUAUUGCAGCCAGAGCAGUGUGGUUUUUUUCCCUGUAUUCAGAUGCCACAUGGAAUGAGAAAGAAUUCCCAAAUACUUGUUUUUAUACUUAACAAUCCUGAGUUUAUUUUUCACUGUCCUUACACCUGCAGAGGUAACAGGAUGCCUCUCACCUUGCUGCCAGUUGGACAAAAUAACCUCUGUUCAACUUUGUGUUUUCAAACUGUUCCCUCCGAGGCAAAUAAAUCCUAGUCUUUUGCUAGAGGAGUAACACAAUAGAACCAUAACUACAGAAUUAAAUAACUGUAGAAUUAAAAUAAGGCCAGGUUAGAUGGAGCUCUGAGGUAUGUGUUCUAGUGGGAGAUGUCCCUUCUUAUGGCAGGAGGAUUGAAACCAGAUGAUCUUUAAGGUCCCUUCUAACCCAGACCAUUCUAUGAUUCUGUGACCUAACAUCAGCUUGCAAAUGCUUUCAUAGCUUCUACUCAUCAUUUACAGUCAACAGGUAACAGCUGAAUAAUCAGAUAAAACUCAGUUAGGCAUUGGUCAAAGUGCAGUUUGAAUUCCUCUUUAUUAAAUAGCGAAGUGUUUUUAUCAAAGUUAUGACAUGAAGUCAUACUGUAACAAAACUUUUUUUAGGGGUCAUUUAAUUUUUCAGUGCCUCCUUUUUCUCUUUGAUAUAAAAGAGAGAAAAUCUGAGGAAGGGUUAAUACCUAUAUUCCAGCAGUACUGUGCUUUAACUGCAAUAUUUUCUAUAUAAAAAUGGAUUGAAGAUUUCAACUUAUACCUGUAAAACAAGAUAUCUUCUGAUUUAUAUCAUUUGUUAAUAGGAAAAAAAGAUUUUCUGCCUUUAUUCUAUACUUUUCUAAACACUUUUAUUCAAAUUUCUCUUUAUUAAAAGCUGUUAUGGAACUGA